UUUCUAAAGCUCAUGAUGAUGUACCAGACAAAAACCUUAUGUUAAAGCAUGAAGACUCAAAGUCAAAAACAGAAAUGCAAGUAAAGAAACAAAGAACUACCCGAAAUGAAACACUUAUUAUUCAUGAUAAUAUGACAGAUGAAAAUCCUGUGCUUGAGCAUCAAGAGUCAAUGUCAAAAAUCCAAUUGCAAGUAAAGGAACAAAAAAUUGCUAAAGGGGAAAGACUCAGUACUCACAAUAAAGUACCAGAAAAUUUUAUGCUUGAGCCUCAAGAUUCAAUGUCAAAAACCCAUCUGCAAGUAAAGAAAAAAAGAACUUCUAAAGGGGAAAGAGUCAGUAUUCAGGAUGAAGUAACAGAUGAAAAUCAUAUGCUUCAGCAUCAAGACUCAAUAUCAAAAUCAGAAAUUCAAGUGAAGAAACAAAGAACUCACAAAAGGGAAAGACUUAGUACUCAUGAUGAUGUGCCAGACAAAAAUCUUGUGCUUAAGUACCAAGAUUCAGUGUCAAAACAUCAAAUACAAGUACAGAAACAAGUAACUUCCAGAGAGAAAAAACACAUGACCUUUGAUGAAGUACAAGAUGAAAAUCUUAUGCUUAAACAUCAAGACUCAGUGUUAGAAACCCAAGUACAAAAAACUUCCAUGGAGGAAAUACUCAGUAAAAAGCCAGGUAUGUCUUGUGCUCCUGAAAAUACUGGCCUUAAGAAGAAGAAGUCAGGGCCUGGCACUUCAGGGAUUGUCCCUGUUAAAAAUGAAGCAACCUCAGAACUUUCAGACACAGCAGAUCGUCCAGCAAUAUAUACAUCAAUUAGUGAUCUAAUACAUCAAUUAGAUUUAAACAAAGUCAUAGCAGAAACAGUAAAACCAAGUCUUCAGCUUCUCCCUAGAAGGAACAUGUCCACAACUUUUACAGCUGCCACUUGA